CCGCGGUACCGAAAUGGCGUCCUCUGGUCACAGUUCAAGCUGUGAAAGCUCGUGCGCAAGCCAACUAACUACUGAACGAUCCAGAGGAAGUGACUGGUGAUGUUGUCCACACCUUUCCGGUAGAUCAGAGUAGCGUUGCAACUCGGCUGAAAAGGAGAGAGAGGUAGACGAAAGCGGUUUGCAAAUUACUGAUAUUAUAUUUUGGGAAGAUUUGUGUUAAAAAUACACGGAACGGGGACAAGAAGGGAUUUAUUUUUAUUGAAUCAAUGACCUUAGUCGCCGGGACUUUAGGAGAACGGGCUCCUACGAACGAGUGUGUAGCCCAGCGUGACGUUUGAUGGAAUAGCUGCAGAACAUUGCCUUUCUCCUCCGGUGGUGUUGAUCGGAACAAGGACGAGGAGGGGGACCUCGAGACACAUUCACCAAGAGGAAGUAAGAAGUACCGCAGGUUUUUUGGAGGGCCUAUUUGACUUCCUUGCUCUAUCAACAGAUCCACUACCCCGCCCCUCCCGACCCUGAAGAGAAUAGAAAUCAAUAGUAUGAACAUUUUGUGACAGCUACAAUAUACUUAGACGGCUUGUCAUACAAUUUACUUAUCUCACCUUUGGGUACACAUUUGAACUUGGAUGUCUCAAACUCUGAGAAUUAAGUUAUGAACAGCAAUACUACAAGUUAGCUAAUGAUUUGCCACCAGGAAUAUUAUUGUUGCCAGUUUGAGAUUCCUUUCUUUGGCUGACACAUUGUGAAGCAUUGAUAGACCUGCACAUGACUCAGUUUGAGCUUCAUAUUCCACACCAUGUCCAUUUGUAAUUAGUUGCCUAGUUACGCCUGGUUAAGCAAAUAAAGUUAACCUGCAUGGUUUUGACAUUAAGGAAGUUGAAAAAGGAAAUAUUGAAGAAUCACACCAUUUUUUUUUCAUUUUGAACGGAAUAUUUAUGCACUGUUUACAUGAUGGGGAAAAUGCUAUCGAAAAUCUUUGGCAACAAGGAGAUGAGAAUAUUGAUGCUUGGACUUGAUGCUGCUGGAAAGACCACCAUCCUUUACAAACUGAAACUUGGACAGUCGGUCACCACAAUUCCCACAGUUGGUUUCAACGUUGAGACUGUGACUUACAAAAAUGUCAAAUUCAAUGUAUGGGACGUUGGAGGCCAAGAUAAGAUCCGUCCCCUGUGGCGACACUACUACACGGGCACUCAAGGGUUAAUCUUUGUUGUGGAUUGCGCAGACAGAGAUCGCAUUGAUGAGGCCAGGCAGGAACUCCAUCGCAUCAUUAAUGACCGUGAGAUGAGGGACGCCAUCAUCUUGAUUUUUGCCAAUAAGCAAGACCUGCCCGAUGCCAUGAAGCCACACGAAAUCCAAGAGAAACUAGGAUUGACCCGCAUUAGAGAUAGGAAUUGGUAUGUUCAGCCCUCCUGUGCGACCACGGGAGACGGACUAUAUGAGGGGUUGACAUGGCUAACAUCAAAUUACAAAUCCUAAUGAUUGAGUGAUUACUGUUUUAGAUUAAACUACAAAAAAGUCAAAUUGAGGCAAAUAACACAACUUUACUUCUCAAAUAAAUAUAUAAUAAAGAGAAGUUUGAUCUCCAUUUAUUUUUUAUUACUAUGACGACCCUAUAACUAAUUUAUCUUUAUAAACUUGGUUUUCUGGCUUAUAGUUUGCUUCUACUUAGCUCUUGAGAACCCACGGUGUCUUAAAGCCGGUCCCUGUCUUUGGUUCUUAGCUGAUGGUAUGGAGGACAGCUGGCUCCAUCUGUAGCUCAGUUGGUAGAGCAUGGCGCUUGUAACGCCAGGGUAGUGGGUUCGAUUCCCGGGAUCACCCAUACGUAGAAUGUAUGCACACAUGACUGUAAGUCGCUUUGGAUAAAAGCGUCUGCUAAAUGGCAUAUUAUUAUUAACUACAUUCCAGAUGCUCUGUUUUAACGUUUAGAAACUUUAAUAAUCCUUGCUUGCGAUACAGUUUUGGAAACCUUUAGUUGCAAACUUUCACAUCAGGGUGAAAUAAUCAUUCAAAUACAAAUGAUGCAGUUUAGCAAAGUUGCACCUGGCAUUAUUAUUUUUUAAACGGCCCUCUGCCGAGGUAUGAAACUUCCUCCCCGGUUAAGGUAAAUUCACACUGCGGAAGCCAUGUAUAGCGUACAGGAGGCUCCUUGUAAUGCGCUCCGGCAUUCAAUGUACUUUUGUACUACCUGAACAUUUGAGAGCUGUACCAUUCCUUCCGUAACAUGGGGGCAGUGUUGCCGCAUGGUUCCUUGAUCUGACCAAUGCUGUAUGCCGGGCUCUCCAACCCUGUUCCCCGGAGAGCUACCCUCCUGUACGUUUUCGCAUGGAGAUGUGAGAAGCUAAAAAGGCUAGCUAUGUUUUUAGUCAGGCUAACACCAGCUAGCCAGGCUGCCGACUAGCUACUACUAGCAAGGGAAGGCGACUCUUCCUUGAUUUCACAAAGGAAAUGAGAAAAAUAAAAAAUAAAUGCUGUCGCCCCCUUGUGAAUUAGAGUGGGACCGGUGAAGAUAUCAUUUUACCAACAGGGGUCCGCUGCUCCAAAAUUUGCACGCACGUAGAUCAACAAAGUGAAGAUUGUAGUAACCUUUACGCGCCAUUGGAGACUUUUGAAGUGGAAAUUGGAGGGGAGGAAGUGUAGCCUGUUGGAGGCGGUGUUCUUGAAAAUGCAGCCGGGUGCAAACUUUCCUAAACUGCUUAGAGUAUGUGUAUAUUUCGUAUUUGAAAAAGUUCCAAAUGUUUCCAAAACUGUAUCACGUGCAAGGUGUAUUUGAGUUUAGGCAGAGCGUUUGUGCAGUGUUGGCAUUGAGCCAAGUCCAAUGGCUCAAUGUAAUACAGUGGAAUUGUAGCAAGCCUAGGGGACAUUAUGUGGCUUGAUGAAUAUCAAUUAAAUGUGUUCAUAAUUCAAAGCUACAGAGAUUACCAACUUUGCCUAUUCUUUAUCACAUUUUUAUAUAUUUUCUAAUGGAGCUGGAUUUGUAUUUUCAUUAGGGCUCAAGCUUGGUUCAUUGUAUGCUUUAAAGAUACUGUUGGAUUGUGAGUAACAGUUUUUCCUUUCAGAACUAAAGUCUGAUGUUUAGUCUAGCUUGUUUGGGACAACUACAACACCUUAUAUUGAACAUGUUUUUAAUACAGAAACCAUUUAGCAAAUGUAGGUAUUUGUAUUGACAAACACUGCAAGGUGUGAUUUAAAAGUUUCGCCAUUGCAUACAUUUAAUUGUCAACAUUCUGGACAUUGUUGUGACAAAAUUGUCAGGAAAGACAUUGACUGUCCGAAUACCCAUACUUGCAUUCAAAAUAGUAGGUGUUUUGGGUAUGCAAAAAUGUUUUGUAGUAUGUUCAAUGUCAAAUUGUGUAUGCCUUAAAUGCCAGGAUGUCAUACUCAUUUCGGGCAUUUCAUCUAGUAAAAUUCACUGCACACUUAAGGAAGAGAAUAGUUUUUCGAGACCCACUUGUGUUUGAUAAGAGCUGAUAAUCAGAUAUGGUGAUGUGCUUUACCAAAAAUAAACGAAUGGCAGGAAUCAAUACAAUUUGAGCAUUAGAUUAUGCAUUCUCAGUAUGGAUGAGCCUAGUAUGGUAUUUGUUGCUUACUGUAUUCGAUUUUACUGAACAGUACGUUCUAAAUAGUAUUUAGUACACAGUAUGCAGUUUUAGUAAGUAACAAGACAGAUUUGGGACACAACCAGAGUGUAGUGCUUAGACUCACCAUCUGGAACCCAGUUGCACAAGUGAUUCCCUAUAGUGGGCUAUAUUGUGAAUUAAUUGGCCUUUUUGUAUACUCGUGUUUUGAUCCCAGAUUGUGCUCAAGCAAACAGGUCUCCGUUAACCCAAACAUGCUUUUCAGAAUGCAGCUUUUGUUCAUAGGGUAACAUUGAUGGUUAUGAAGCCAAUGGACUCAAUAUUUCCAAAGGAAUGUCAUUCAGCUCUGAGCUCUCAACCUACUACCAUUCAUAUGUCUCAGGAUGCGAGACCUUUUACUAGCCUGUAUCUGCAGCAUGAGUACAGAAGUAUAGUAACCCUUCAGCAGUGUGGGCCUGUCAUGCAAUGGGAGAGAGCAGCUCCCUGGUGAAAUUAUGUUUUGGUUCAGCUCUCUUAUUCCUAUGUUGACUUGGAGGACCAUGUACAGAACAAUGUCAUUGUAAUGUCUAAUUAAAAAAGUAAUUUUAAAUGUC